AUGGAGGUGGCUUUGAAACGCAUCGCGGAGGUUGUGCGUCACACGCGUGGAUGUGUGGUGUCCAGCGCGGUGGAAGCUCGCUCGAUUCCUGAAAUGGGUGUGGGGAUUGUGGCGCGCGAGCACAUUCCAAAAGAUACGCUAGUUUUUAAAGCUGGGCAGGACGUGUGGUAUCCCUUCUCGGCCGAAUAUGCAUUGGAGACUGCGCAGCAGAAAGCACCAGGCUUCCUGAGCCAGUUGGACCAGCUACUGGCGUCCAAUAAAGCACUGAGAGAGGGCUCAUCUUUCGUACCUAGUGCGCUGGUGCUUGGUGUUCACAUGCUGGUAAACUUCCCGCAUGCAGAGGACCCCGAUGGCCUUUUGAUGGCAAUGGCGAGUGUGGACAAACCACCACUGGACGAGCUCUAUGUGAGUGCUUUACCACGCUACGUAGAUCUACCCUUAUACUGGGAUGACAGGAAGUUUAAAGAACUACAGGGCUGCGAAGAGGCACGUCGUGCGGUUCAACAUGGAGCGCGAUUUUACUCUCAGGUGUACCAACACCUUUUUGGCACCAAUAACCAGUUUGUGAGCGCAGAGGCGUUCUUUUGGGCCAUCUCCAUCUUAAUGUCACGCGCUACGUCUGGUCAAAACCAACCGUUCGCCCUAAUUCCUUUCUUCGACUGGUUUAACCACGCUGACAACGGUGACGAAUGCGUUCAGGAAUUUGACCCCCAGAAGGGCUUUACAGUACACACCACCAAGGCAUACGAACCGGGCGAACAACUUUAUAUCAACUACGGAAGCCAUAGCAAUCUUCGACUUUUGCGCAAUUACGGCUUCACCACACCGAACAAUCCGUACGACGUCGUCACUCUACCGAUGCCAAUAGCGCUGCAACAGCCCAAUCCAGCAGACCCCGCUUUUCUCCAGAAGCGCGGGCUGCUGCAGUCUGCUACCGGCAGUCAUUCAACCGACAUACCUGCUCUGAGAAGCUUAAGGUUUAAUCAUGAUGGACAACUCGCUCCGAACGCCGAGCACUGGCUGGAAAUAUUACUCGCGACACCAGAGGAAUUGAGCGAGAUUAUCACGCAGGCUGCGUCGCAGUCGGGAGCAGCAGAUUCAACCAUUUCUCUUGCUCUUCCCAUGUCAUUGAAGCACAAAGUCCACUCUGAAGUUGGCAGCCUGGUGACAGCGCGGUUAAAACAGCAUUCUUCCACACUCGAGGAGGACGACGCGUUCUUACGAGCUAACGACCAGCAAAUGGCCUCGUGGUUGCGAUCAUGUCUACACAUUCGAAUGGGUGAAAAGCAAACGCUGGAAAACGCUGCGUCUAAGUACGCUUAG